CUUGCUCGCUCGUUGAUUUUGUUCUCUCCUAAAUGAUCAGUGCCAAACCGUUUGCAUUGGGAAGCUUCUUUCAAUAAAUGAUAGGUUACCGCUGCUCCCAACCAAAUUCUCCUUUGGUGUGUCUUGUCUUCCACAAUGAGCUGCCUUGGAUAUGCCACCGGCCAUGCCGCACCGCUAAAUCAGUUUCAUGCCAUUCGUUUGCUCGUACGUUGCUGCCUCUGCCACUAGCCUGCCACUCUUGAUGGGGGUUUGUUAUCGCCGAAUAGAAAGUGAAACGUUUAGUUUUCCAUGCAACGUCGUCGUGUUGUAGCCUGUGUUGAAUUUUUGUGAUAGAUACCACGCGUCUGUGGCGGCGGCACACCAUAGGAAAAAAGGCGCGAUAUUUGUAAUGUUCGAUAAUCAAGAGCAUUUUGUAUCUGUGUUUUUUGAACAGAAAUACAAAUAGAAUAAAUUAAAAAUUAAAAAAAAAAAUUGGAAAAAUGUGAUGUGCGUAAUUUUAUAGAAAUGUGUGCAAGGCAAUUGAAAAUGCAUUGAAUUUUGAAUUUGAUUAAACUCGAAGAAAAAAGUUUUGUGCGGUCCUUUGGCUAAAUAGAGGUUUUAAGAAAUUAAAAAUUGGAAACAAGUUAAAACUUUACGAAUUACAAGGAUACCAAAAUAUCAAUAAUAUGAAAAUAUAAAAAAAUAUUAAGCUCUAAAUAAAAAAUAAUAUAUUAAGAAAAAUAAAAGAAAUUAAACUGACCUAACCCACCUUGGAAUGCAUAGAAUUUAAAAAACAUAUGUUAAAUUUCAAUAGAACAAAUAUCUUCUUGCAGUAUUUUUAAAUCCCAUUAUAAUUGCAUCUCUACUUUGUAAAAUGCUAUAAAUAUUGGCCAACAAAAUGCCCAAAAUUCAUAUCACUUCGUUGUUGCGUCCACGUGCAACCUACAAGACAUCCACACCGAUUACAACAGCAACAACCACAACAAUACAUCCCUAUUUAAAUGUAACCAAUAGUCAAGAUACCAAUUCAGAUAUUGUGGUGUAUGCAGCCAAACCAGCAACAGAGAGCGAUAUUGGAGAAUCGAAGCAGCCACCUUCACCACAUCGAGUGUUUGAUGAAACAACAACAACACCAACAACAAUAAAUAAUAUUGAAUUUAUACCAACACUCGAAUUUAUCAGCCAUACUCCGCGAACCUUAUCGUGUGAACACUUGCAACAAUGUCUACCCGGUUGCUGUGCAACACAUCAUGAACGAACACCUCCCGGUAUCGUGUUGCAGCAACAUGAAUCGGCAACAGAAUCACGUCUAACGUUUACCAUUGAAAAGACAACAGACCGAGAAAGUGAAUCGCCAGAACCACAAAAAGAACCGCAACAACAACAUCAAGUAGUCUGCGACUCCCCAUCCUCCUCAGUGGAUACCAUUGAACUUUUACAGCAGCAGGAGGUGCCACCGUUGAGUUUAACAGACACAGCUUCGCUAUCAACAUAUUUCGAUGAGCCAACCAGCUCCAUUACAAUUGAUAUAAUGGAGGGCUCUCAAAAGACGACAACAACAUCAGCGACGACGGCCAGUGAAAGACCAACAACCACAGCGACAACGUCGUCAGCUGCCAUUAGCAGAACCAAUAACACAACAAACACAAGCCAGAGUAAUGUGCCACAACAAAGUUCCACAAAUAUCCUCUCUAGUCUAAGUGAUGAGCCAAGCGAUGAAAUUGAAGAAGAAAUCGAGGAAGCUCUAGAAGUUAGCGAUGAGCAGGUGGAAUCCUUAGAUUCCCUACCAGGUCCAAGUAAAAAACAAUCACUGAAUUUAAAAUCUGACCAAAUGUUUGGCAUUGAUCUAUCGGAUCUGUCAAGUGUUGGCGAUUCGGAAAAGUUACCACUCACUCCCAGUGGAAAGAGUAAAAAGAAUUCCAUUGAUGGUGAUGAUCAGUUCAAAAUAGACGACGACCAGUUAUCGGGAGGUAAAUUAGCCCAACAUUUCGUUUUGGAAGACAGCGAAGAGUUGUCGGUGAGUUUACCCAAAGAUAAACAUGAAAUCCAAUCAGUGCCACAAUCGGAAGAAAGUCUCAGUCUGGGACUGGAAGAUAAUAACCAAGCGGAACAAAGUUUAAGCAAUCAAAGUACCUCCCAUGAUGUGUCUGAACUACACGAGGAACCUAUCGAAGAGCCUGAUUCGUUGUUGUCUGAAGGAGAUUAUCCGCUAUCGCUGCCUGAGGGAGCCGUCGGCGGCGACAGUAAUAAAGACAUUUCCAAAAGUAUCCCUAAAUCAGAAACGCUACAGAGCAUAGCAAGUGAUCAAGAAAAGCUGGAGAGACUGGAAAAAGAAAAACUUAUGUCUAAGGCCAAUGUUUCUCUGGAACAACCGGAAAGCAUUAAAACUUCAUCAAAGGUCUCGGAAACUUCGAGACAUAUUGCAAGUCCUGCCCCAUCUGAAGCGCCACAAAAGGUUUUGCUCAAGCCAUUGGCUAGAGUUCCAGCCACAAAAGCAUCGCUGCCAGAAUUGUUUGAAAAUCCCGACAUAAAACCUUUAUCAGGGUCUUCCUCGAAUUACAGUGAAAAAGAUCAAUCAAUGGAAGAGCUAAUGACUUCAAAUCCCUCAGUGGAAAUCACCCUGGAUGAUCAUGAAAUCAGCUCACUGAAUCCCAGUUAUAUUGCCAAUAAUGAAACCCUGAUCAAUGAUUUGUUGAUGGAAACUACGCCAGAUAAAAAUUACAUGGCGAAUAAAGAAAAUAAAGAUCCCAAAGAGGAAACAUUAGCAAUGCAAGGUGCAGAGGCAUUGCCAGUGAUAGGGAAAAUUAAACCUCUAGGAAGCCUUCAACUACCCGGACUUGAAGCUACAAAGUCUUUAGAGAAAGAAGAAUCCAAAUUACCAGAUUCGAGUUUAAAAAGUCUGAAAUAUGCCACAGAAGAUUUCGUUAAGCCAGCAGAUUUUCAAGAAGUUCAAAGUUGUGGAGUUGUUGUGGUAGAGCCAUCUCCUCCCAUUGAAAUUGUUACCGAUCUGGAUGACAGUUUACCCGAUAAUCCCGAAAAGCCAUUGACCUCAACGAAAAUUGAUGAAGACUUAGAUCAAACCUUAAGUAGUAAUUCCAGAAUAAUGAAACCUGACAGUGUGGGACCCAAAAUUGGCAGUUCCACUAUGGAUUCCACCGAAGAAGAUGAUGAUGAAGAGGAAACCGAUUUAAAAUUAAUGAAAUGUCGCAUCAUGGCUAUGCGAGAGAAUAUUUUAUCUUCGGCAGAAACCUCCACAUCACCCACUGCUGUCAGCGUCGAAGCAAAUAAUCAACAACCUAAACCCAUGGAGCGUGUAUCUUUGGUAGAAUUUGCCAAGGAUGUGUUAGAGGAUAUUACCGAGGAGAGUGAACGUAAUUCUUUGUCCACCCAGGAUGAACAACAAUCCUUAGCCGCUUUGGCAUCCAAAUUGGAAGCUCAGGCUAAACAAAACGAAAUGGAAUUAAACUCCAAUGAGGCCACAUCGACCAGUACAUCUGCUGUUAGCCUUAAUAUGAUACAAAUGCUGGAACAGAAGGUGGGUGAGCUGCAACAAAUGUUGGCCACCAAAGAUGCUUGUUUGGCAUCGCUAAAUAUGCAACUGGAAAAUAUUACCAGGCGUGAAUCCAGUGAACAAUUGGGUUCGGUGUCGGGUAGAGAGACUAGCUCAUUGGCCACAAACUCGACUGAAUAUCGCACACUCCAAGAAGAUUUUGGACAACAGACCAUGGACAUCUAUGUGGAAUUGACCAAACGUGAUGAAUUAAUUGCCAAACUUACAGAUUCCCUACAACAAUCCCUGACCAUACGGGAAAAUCUUCAAGCGGAAAGUGAAAAAUUAGCCACCGAAGUUCAGUUGUUACGCAAACAACUUACCGAUGCCAUGGAUACGCUUAAACGUCCCUCUUGGCCACGAGCCGAUCAGGAGAGCAACUUUGGCCAACGUAUAUCGGAAAUUUCCAUGGACCUUGUCAGUGAAAGUGAUGAUGAUUUUGAACGUCAUUAUUUUACCGAUAAUGAGGAGAAGUUUUCCCGCAAUUCCCGUGAACGUCAACUCUCGAUGCCACGGCAAUUCGACUAUAUGCCCCAUGAGCCUGAAAUUAUAUCAACUCCUUUUAGUAAACAAAUUGAACAAUUCCAAAAAUAUCUUACGCCAAGUGAAGUGCGUCUCUUCUUUAUGGUUCAAAAGAAAUUCGACGAUUAUUUGUGCCAAGAACUGGAAAAGUCCAAAAUGAAAAGUGAACAGGAGCUAAAAAUUGUCAUGGACCAAUGGGAAACUGAGAAGCGAGAAAAAGAUGAGGAAAUUCAACGAUUGUUAACGCAGCGGCAAGAACGAGAAUUAAAACAUAAUCAAGAAAUGGAAGAUCUAAGGAAAUACUUUGAGGCCAAAUGUGCUGAAUUGGAGAAACACAUGCCAACCGAUAAAAAAGGAAAAGCGAAAUUCUCUGAUGAUGUUUUUUCACAAAAAUCCCAAAGACAAGGUUUAUCCUCGCCGGAAUCGUCCGAUCAGGAACAAUUAUCCCUGGACUAUAAAUCUCCAUCUCUGCCACGUUCCAAAGAAACCUCACCGCGUAAACGUUAUAGAGCUGAAUUGUUACUAAGUCCCUCACAUCGUCAAAUGACACCCGGCAGUGACAGUGUCAAUGAAGAAGCAACAGCAAAUGAAGGAUCACAGUUGGCUUUGGAAAUAACAGAAUUGAAAACAUUUUAUCAAAAUAAAAUCCAUGAAAUUCAACGUUCCCAAGAGGAUAACAUCAAGAAAUUAAGUGAUCGUUUAAAAUAUUAUGAAUCGCGUUAUCCGGAAGAUGAAUUUAUGGCCUCCCAUAAAAAUUCCACACUCAACUCGACUCAAGAAAGUUCUGUCAAUACCGAAGAUAUGACACUUUUGACGGUGCGUAAGGCCAAUGAAACCCGGGAGCAGGACUUAAGUCCUGAAGGUCCUGAACAAAAUAACACAACUUUGACAGAGGCCAAUGCCGGUGAUUUACAUGCUUCAUCAUCAUCAUCGCCCAGAGCACAAAAUAAUAAUAACAACAAUACUUCAUUGAUCAUCAUCGAUACGGAUGAAUUGACAACGAACAAUGAAACUCAAAUCAUUCAAAAGAUUAUCGAUGAAUAUGAACGUCGUUUACAGGAACAAGUGGCAUUGGCUCGUGAAGACAUUGUCCAUGAGCUGGAACAGCAAAUACAGACCUUAUUAUCAGAAACAACAACGGAUGAUCAACAUUGGCCAAAGGAAUUGAUUUUAUUGCGUGAGAAAUUUACAGCUAAAAGUCAAUUAGAAAUUGCCCAAUUGCAAAUUAAACAUGCUGAAGAGAUGUCGCGCCUAAAAUUAGACUAUGAAAAACAAUUAAAUCGCAAGAACAAACGUCACUCAACGUUUGAUUCUAUUCGCGAUUUUGAUAAGCUUCUGAGUGAACGUGAUAAUUUGCGUGAGCUAUCCAAUGCCUUCCGUCAGGUUUUGGCUGAGCUUCUGAAAUGCCUGGCAAACUGUGAAAAUGAAUUAACCGAAACCCUAAUGGAUGAAGUGCAGCGUCUUUUGACAUGUAAUCGUACGCUGGAAGAACAUAAUCUGGAAGAUUUUACCCUAAAUACUACGCUGCUAAAUGAAACCCUAAAUACAACCCGCAUGCGUCUCAUACCCGAUGUUCAUAAUUUAAUGGAAGUUGUGGAGGAUCCAAGUCUCAUUGAAUACAUCACCCAAAAGAAUAAUGAUGUAUCGGAAGAUUUCGAUUUGAAAGAUUGUCUGGAAUGUUUACGUUCCGAGGCCUCUUAUCUGCUGCAUCUCUCGGAGGAUUUGGUUAAGAAACACAAUGAAAGUAGCGGACGCAAAGAUUCCUAUUCAAGUGAAAGGGAGAAAAACGACAGCGAACAGGAAGAUGGCUUGAAGUUGCAACAAAAUCGUAGAUUUAUUCGCGGCAACUCCUUGAAUGAACAACAAUUGUCUACGCAUCGUUCCUCGUUGAUUGGGCAGACGCAAAAUCUGAUUUCUCUGCCUCCCGAUCUAAGUCGUUUGUAUUUGGAUAAUACUUCCAACUCCACCGCGGGAGGUGUCAAUGCUGCCGAGCUACAUUUCCAAUUGACGGAAUUGAAAAAUCGUCUAAUUAAAUCGGAAAAUGAUCGCCUGAUGCUGCAGCAAGAACUUGAUCACACCAUAUCAAGGAACUCAGAUUUGGGUCAAGAGUUGCAACACUUAAGAGAUCAAUUGUCGCAACUCUCUUCCAUCAACAAUGUGGAAUAUAAUGAAGGCUAUGGUUUGGGUUCGUCGUUGGUCAAAUCACCUCAGAGGCUCUCGGGUUCUGACCACUCUUCUUCCGGCUUUGCCCAGUUACAGGAAAAAGCACGGAACAUCCUUUCGACCCCAACGCAAAAGCAAACAAACAACGAUUCUACAUCUCAGCUAUUGCAAAUGAUUGAAGAUUUUUGCCGUGAAGGCGAUAAAGUUGUGGAAUGCAGUAAAAAAGAUCGUGAAGAUUUGCAAUCACAGAUUGAUACUGCAGACAAACAAUUGAAGGCAACGCGACAAUUCCUCGAGGAGCAAGCCAUCGAACGUGAACAAGAACGGGAUGAGUUCUUAAAGGAAAUCGAAAACUUAAAAGCUCAACUGAGGGACAAGGAAAAGGAACGCUCAUCCUAUGCCAAUGCCUCUGAGGAGGUGGAACAUUUAGAAUCUCAAAUCCGUGAUUUGACCCAACAACUGCAAGACUCGAAUGCCAAACGUGAUAAAUUUGAAGUGGAACUUAAAGCCUCAAUUGAUAAAAUAUUUGUUUUGCGUGAAAUAAUAUCGGAUCUGGAGACCCAGGUGGAGACAAAGGCCCUCAAUGAGCAUGUCAUGGGUGAAAAGGUUAAGCAACUUGAAGACUACAUUAAUUCCCAAUCCCGCUCCAAUGAUGCCCUGCAAAUGGAAGUCCAGUCGCUGAAAGGAGAAAUCGAACAUGGCUAUCAAAUGCGCAUAAAUCAGCUGGAAGAAAAACUUCAAAAUAUUAGACCCACCGCAGAGCAGAGUUUGAUUAUGGAUCAAGUUGUGGAACAAUUACGUGACAUUGAAAACACCUUGGAACAGAAAACAAAAGUCCUUGAGUCACUGCAUCAAUCGAAUGCCAGUAGUGUGACUAGCUUAAAUUGCCCAGAAGAUAUUUCGGCUAGGGGAGUUGGUCCAACAUCGUUGCCAACCAACAUGGAAACACCCAACCAGGGUUCACCCAUUCAUCCGUCACCGCGUCAACAUUCGUGGACAAUGGAGGGUGUGCAACGUGUCGUCGACAAGUUGUCGAAACAUUCUCGUGUCGAAGAGGCUGCCGUUAAGCGUAUACGCGAUCUGGAAAUGCAGGUCAAUCAAAUGCGUACAACUUGUGUGGAACUUCAGGUUGAACGGGAAUCGCUGCAAGAGCGCAUGUCCGAGCAAACACAGCGUAUCUCAGCCUUGCAAUCACGUCUCGAAGAACAACGACAGCGGGCCGAAGAGCUACAAAGGGCCAAUACCUCUGAUCUAAAUAUUCGCAUACAUGAUCUGCAAAAUGAACUGCAAACGGUGCAGGAAACUCUCUCGAAUCGUGACAAACAAAUUGCCACCAUGAAGCAGCAAUUGGAGAAGAGUAAAAUGGUCAUAGAUCGCUUGGAAGCUGAACUAGCGGUGGAACAUCAACCAGAUCGUAGUGCCAUAGAACGGCUGGAAAAUGAACUCAAGCAGAAGCAGGUGGAAAAUCAAAAGCUUAAGGAUAAAAUAAAAAAUGAAAUGAUUAACAAACUGGCAUUGCCAGAUCUUAUGGAGACCAUGUUGGCCGAUAAGAAUGAAGAAAUCGACCACUUAAAGGAACAGCUGGAAACUAAAGAAAAGGAACUGCAAAAUGUAUUGGACUCCACACAGGCUUCUUCCUCGCUGGGUUUGCUGGGCAAGAAACCGGAAGAGGUUGGUGGUUCGAAACUAAGUGCACGGACCCUAAGUGACAUUGUAUCCAUAUCAGAAUUUGAUGAACCGGAUGUUGUUAGACGGGCAGUAGGGGCCAAUACCAGUUCUCCUCUGCUCUUGCCUGAGGGCAGCGGGGGCUUCUUGCAACACACCAUGGAUACCACCAAGGGUGCCGUGGCCAAUCUCACCCACAAACGCACUGAAGACCUAACCGGUUUUGCCACUCUACAUCAGGUCAAUACCUUUGAUCAUCCUCACUACUUCCAAGAUCCCAAUAUUUUGUUGGGCUCUGCCCAAUCGGCGGCCUCAAAUACACCCACAUUAGUGCCAAGACAAAUAAAUUUCUCAGAAUUCGCCGAAGAUUCAAAACUUAAGACGCCCAGCAACUAUCAAAGUCCACGCCAAGUGGAGGAACAACGAAAAGCUAUGGAAGAAGAUAAGGCCACCAUAGAAGCUUUGGGCAAACAAAUCGUGGAAUUGCAGCAACAAAUUGAAAAACUACAAAAAGAGAAAGAGAAGGACUCGGAAGACUUGGUCUCCUCACAACUUCGCCUGAAUGGCUUGCAGGAUGAACUGCAAAGCUGCCAACGCCAACUUGAAGAAUUCAAACAAAAUUCAGAGAAAAUCCAACGAUUGGAACAGGAGCUCACCAAUAAAGCAUUGGAAAUUGAGCAGCUGCAAAGGGAUCAAGAAAGAUGGCAAAAGGAACGUUCCGAUUUGCUGAGCAAACAUGAGAAAAACAUGAAAAAUCUGCAAGAAAGUGAAGAGGUAUUCAAGCGUCGCGUCCACGAAUUGGAACAGACAAUUUUGAAAAACACCGAAAAAGAGGUGGAAGAAAGGGAAAGUCUACGCAAAGAGCUGAGAGCCAUAAGCGAAGCCCAUGAGCAAUGUAAAUACACUGCCAAGGAUAAUGAGAAUCGUAAGAAGGAAAUUGAGAAUUUCAAUUUGGAAAUAAAAGCCAAAGACGAACGCCUCCUCACACUCUCCACCAAACUUUCCAUUGCCGAAGAUAAAAUUGCCGAUCUUCAGAGGCAAAUUGUCAACUUGGAAAGGGAAGUGGAGAAGUGGAAGCAGCAAAGCAGUGAUAAUAGCUCUCGACAAUUCUCCGUCGAUGAAAUUGCCCAACAGGUUGAGAAGGAGCUGAACUAUUCUGCCCAAUUGGAUUCGAAUAUUUUGAAAGCCAUCGAAAGCGAAGAAGAAAACAAUCUGGAUCGUUCGCAUGUGGACAAAAAUGUGGUCAUCGAGGCACCUGGCACCACAGAUGAUGAAAAUUUCACCGGAGAACGGGAUCUGCUCAAUCAGUUGGAAGCGUUGCGGGCACAAAUUGCCGUAGAAAGAGAUCAUGCCGAAGAGUUGCGUCGAGAACUCAUGGAUGAGAAACAACAUUCCCAGGAAGUGCAAGAGCAAGAUGUCCUCAUCAUUGAAGCCAUGCGUAAACGUUUGGAAUCUGCAUUGGCCCAAGAGGAUGAACUGCACAAACAUUUGGAUAUUGAGCGGGAACGUUGUGAACUGCUUCAGACCCAGUUGACCACUCUACAGAGAACCGAUAGCCGACGAAAUUCUUCUCUACUAAAAUCUCCCACAGAAUCGCCACGCAAAUCGCCAAGAUCUUUAACUGAUUUCGAAUCGGAAUUGGCUGAACGUUUAAAGAGUGAAAUUAAACUACUUACCGCCCAAAAUGAGAGGGAACGUGAGAGAUCGGCCGAUUUGCAAAGAAACUGUGAACGUGAGCGCUCUCGUUACGAAAAGGAAUUGUCGGAACGCAUUGAAUAUUGCGACAAACUCAAAAGGGAAAUGGAUAAGAUGGCCCGAGACAAGGAAAACGCAGAACUGGAAAUUGAUCACCUGCAGGAAAGGCUGACCCUACAGACACAGGAAAUUGAAAGCCUCGAAGCACGUAUUGGUAGUCUACAAGCAGCCGAAACCAGACGUUUUACCCGCAAGAAGCAGCAACAAAAAGAAAAUGCACAACUCAUGGCCGAAAUGAAGGAACUAAAGAGUCAACUUGCUCUGAUGGAAAUGGAAAAGGAGACACUUAACAAAACGAUUAUUCAACUACGUUAUGACUUGGAACGAUCUGCCCAACGCGAAAAUAAAUUAGCCGAGGCCUUGGCCAAUGCAAAUUCCCAACUGGCAGCCCGAGAGGGAACCACCUCUGUGCCCGAACAAUUCCUACAAAAAAUGAAAGAAAUUAACACCCUGCUUGCCGAGAAUACCCAAGAGAAUAAACAAAUGGCUGAAACGGUUCAAUAUCUGGUCGAAGAACGGCGUCAGCUGCAACGAAAAUGUGAAGAGCUGGAGUUGCAAUUGGGUGGCAGUGCCAAUGUUUCAGAACUCGAGGAGCGUUGCAAUCAUUUGUUGGGUCGCUACUUACGUGUCGAAUCGCAUCGCAAGGCCUUGGUUUAUCAGAAGCGUUAUUUGAAAAUAUCCCUGCAAAACUAUCAGGACAGUGAGCAGAAGGCACUGGCAGCCUUUAAUGGUGGUCAGGCGCUGCAGCAGGCGAAACCUAAAAAGAAAUUAUUCAAGACUGUUGCCCUGGCCAUUAUUGCCAUACAACGCAUGAAAUACAUUGGUCGCAUUUGGCAUACUGGAAAACGGAUUGUUUCAAAGUCGGUGUUUACCAUCACACAACAGAAACGUUCUCAAGCGCCAACCAUAAGCAGCCCCAUCAUUACCUCCUCCUCGAAUGGCCAACAACAGCAGCAGCAGCAACAACAAGCAACACAAUUCAACAAUGGACGUCUUUCACCACAUGUCGGCAGCUAUGCAUCCCAGAAAAUUCUGGAUAGACCUUUGGCUCCGCUAAAGACACCAACCUUACUGAAUGGUGGAAAUCGAACUCCACUCUCAGCUGGCUCUACAGCAUCUGUGGGAGCAGCAACAGCAUUUGAAUGGCCUAAAGUAACAAAUAAUAAAUCGAAGAAACUUUAAAAUGAUUUCGGAAAACAUACUACAGAAUAAUGCUCAACAAAUAACCAAAAUUCAAGCCAUAUUUUUUUUUAAAACAGAACAAACAAAAUUUAGGAAUUUAAGAUUUCAUUGUUAAGUUUUAGAGUUUAAGAAAAUAGCACAUCCCUCCCUAAAUGUAAUGUUUCCAUUUCCUAUUUAUUAAGUAUCAGUUUCGUUGCAGCGACUUCAGCAAAGUACAAUUUUAGAAGUCAUUUUGUAAUUGAGUCUGUAUGCGUCAAUCUAUGUGGGUUUGAGACCCACCACCCUUAUUGUAACUAAUCAUAUCGUAUCCUAUAUUAUGUUUUUUAUCUUGUAUUCUAAUUUUGUAUAUGUCUGUGUAUUCCUCGAAUAUUGCUUUAUAAAAGUUUUUCCUUCUCUCUAUUGUUUAAUUCUAAAGGUCCAGUAUUUUUGUUUUGGUACAACUUAUGCUAGCUGUUAGGAAUUAAACACUAACACACCUACAUAUAUGUAAUUUGUGAAUUUAUAUGACCCAAUUUUUUUAAGUAAAAAGUUUAGAAGUAGAUUUAAGUUAUUAUUUAAUCUGUCACUGGCCUCCUCCUCCUGCCCCAUUUAUUGCAACUACCCCAAACUGACCUGUGUUUUUAUUCCUUCAUCCCUCUAUUGUGUAACAUUUUAGUUGUAGUCCCUAAAUUUUAGUUUUUCUCGUUUCUAAGUCUAAUUUUAAACCUUUUUUACUUGUUUAUUUUUAAUUUAUAUUUAUUUAAGUCAUCCCUAAAUUAAAAAUGAAAUACAACCUUUUUUAUAAUAAACUUAUUUUCAAAAUUAA